AUGGCAAGACAACAACUCGUAGAGGUGGACAAUGAAUUGUUCCUGUGGAGUGAAGAGUCGGAGGCAGAGGAUGAUCGGGAUGAAGCUGCGGCCUUGCAGAGAAAGAUGUUCAACAUUCAAUACCUCAGCCGAUACAGGUGGAAGACAUCUUCGAAGUCUGACGUUAAGGCGUCCAGGCUCGAUAGCAAUGAGAGGAUCAGUGCGAAAGAAGUUCUGGAGGCACUGCGUCGAAUUCCAAACAAGCAUUGGAAAAAUAAUGGGAGGGCAAAUGUCCGCCCAGACGGUGUUGAGUACAUUGACUCCAUUACUCUUGGGUUAGUCUCGAGCGCAAGCACCUUGGGCCGCCCACUGCCGAGCAAGGCAACACACUCCUACAAGAACCUCACACGGAUGUUGUUGCGCUUCUUCAAGCAAUGUAUCGAGGAGCCGAACACUUUCAGGUAUGGAUGUCAUGGCAUUGUGUGCACAUCUAUCCAGCUGAACCGGAAUUAUGCAGCCCGGGAGCAUGUUGAUGGCAACAAUGUGGGUCCGUCUUGGAUAAUAGGACUUGGCGAUUGGACCGCGGGUGGACAACUCUUUGUUGAGGACUUUGUCACAGUUUCGUACAGUUUCCACAAGUGCAGACCCCGAAGGCCGCAGGAUCCUCGAUACGAAGAGAUCCAGAAAUCCUCUGGCUUCAUCUCGAGCUCUUGCAGCCCAAGGUCAGAUCUGGGAGCGGCCAUGUUUGCCACAGAGGUCAAGCUUUUUGGCAAAUGGACCUAUGAGGAUGUGAUGCUGUCGGACUUGAGUUUGGUGGACUACAUCGCCGUGAAGGGAACUGCUCAGCUGUUCCUUCCUCACACCCAGGGCCGAUACCAGAUGCGGCGCUUCCGAAAGGCUUUGUGCCCGAUCGUGGAGCGUCUGGUGUGCUCCAUGAUGAUGCACGGCCGCAACAACGGCAAGAAGCUUAUGGCAGUGCGCAUUGUGAAGCACGCCUUCGAAAUCAUCCAUUUGCUGACUGACAAGAACCCCAUCCAGGUGUUUGUGGAUGCUGUCAAGAAUGGAGGUCCUCGCGAAGACUCCACCCGAGUAGGCUCUGCCGGUGUGGUGCGCCGUCAGGCUGUGGAUGUGUCACCACUGCGUCGAGUGAAUCAGGCCAUCUACCUGAUUUGCACCGGAGCGCGAAACUCGGCAUUCCGCAACAUCAAAUCCAUUUCAGAGUGCCUGGCGGAUGAAAUCAUGAACUGCGCCAAAGAGUCCUCCAACUCCUAUGCCAUCAAGAAGAAGGAUGAAAUUGAGCGCGUGGCAAAGGCACAACAGGUGGGUUUGCAUCUCAGUGAAAGCUCGCAGUCUGGUGCAGCAUAUCAAGCAGCAACUUUUUGGAUUCAGACCUUCGAGGCACGCUUUGAUGGGCGUCGAAUGCAUUUUGCAGGAUCGCUUUUCCUUGGUGUUUUUUGCCACGACUCGGCACGCUGGAGCGUUAGCCUCAGGUUGAAGGAUCUGAAGGGCGUUGGGGAAGAGAUGGGAAGAGAUGGGAAGAGGAAGAGUCCGGAAGAGUGCCAAUUCGGCUGUAACACCUACUGUCAGGCUGGUGCCGAAGGCAAUGCAGCAAAGGAACAGGCUGAAGCAGAAGCUCAGGCUGAAGCACAGCGUCGGUUGUUCCAGGCAUCUGCAGGCGCAAUGUCCCUGCAAUACUGCCGAGACCAUGGCAGAAAUAGUCUGUCGCGUUUCUUGCGAAAAAUUACCAUAGAUAUGAGCUACACUUUUAGACACUGGCGGAGACACCAACGUGCAACCCGUCAUUUGCAGCUCUGGACGCCUCGGAAAAUUGUUACAUCGGACAAUAUCCGACGUCUUGUUUUCCCUGACCUGGCCUUCAUAGGAACUGCAUCCUGUUUGAUUUGCAACUACAAUACCCAUGUCGAUGUGGUGUCUUCGUUGUCAACUAGCUUGCAGCUCAAUUUGCCAACAAUGCUGACGCUCCCAGUGGAGUGCUUCACUCUGACGUCAGUUGCACUGGGUUUGCUGGUCACCUUCAAGACGCAGACUGGAUAUCAGAGGUUCACAGAAGGGCGAUCUCUGUGGGGCCUUCUGAUCAAUGAGUCGAGGGCUAUGGCCAGCCGAGUGAUGGCUCGGGUACCUUCUCCGACAGGCUCUAUGUGCCCAGACGUUCUUGAGGGCAAGAUUUAUGCGGUCAAACUGAUCAGGCGCCCUGUGCCCAGAAGAUCCAGAAGGUGCUUGGCCUAUGCUUGGCCUUUGGGGAUUGCCAGUGAAGACAGAACGAAGCCAAGCUGCAGGACCUUUCCAGUCGUCCUGAAGUAUCACCUCACAGAGGAUGGCUGCAACCCUCAAAUCCUCAUCACGGCGCAAACUUCUGACUCUGAGCUGCGGAAGGGGACCACUGCGGCUUUGCGCUGCGAACUGCUGCAGAUUUGGAAUCCCUUCGAUGCGAAGCAAAAGAACUUCACAGAUCGUCUCGUUGAGGCGGAUGUGGCAAAUCGACCUCUCUACGUUCUGCAUGAGCUGCAGCAUACAUCUGCCAGUAUAUUUGCCCAGCCAGCACUAGGAGGUCUAGAUCCGGUUGCCGCUACGGAAAUGGACCGCAGCCUCACAACAUUCCACAAUGUGCUAGGUGCCUGUGAGAAGAUCUUGCGGACCCCAAUCUACACACCAUACACUCGCUUCACCAGCCGGUUUUUAUUCAUGUGGUGCAAUGCCUUGACCUUGGCAAUGUACCCGGUUGCUGGGCCUCUUCUGACAGUGCCGGUGACCCUGGUGCCAGCAGCUGCUAAGUCAUUUUUGAGCGUUCUGGGAUUUCCAUUGCCGGAAAAACAGGCGCACGCUGAACUCGUGUCGUGUUGCCGAUGUUCCCCCUUCUUGUCCGAGCUCAAGGUAGACUCCGUGGGACGAGUGAUCGAUAUAUCACCACAAAUCUGCGAUCUAAGUUUGACUAGCAUUCCAUGGGUCAGCAAGAAAGAGGUUGCUGUCCCGACCAAAACUUGGAAGCAGGUCAUACGAGAGCAGAAACGCAGGCGAACGCGUAUGCAAGAAAAUGAAACGGCCAUGAUACAAAGAUUAAAGAAACGCGUUCGUGGCAAACAAAGAAUUGACUUUGUUUGA